AAUCUUACCGUGUGCUUCAACACCUCUGUAAGAGCCACUUAAAUAUGCGAUAAAAAAGCAUACGUUAUCGUCUAACGUGGUCAUAGGAACAAGGCUGGCUACAUUCAAUUGACAGGUUGAUCUGUUUCAUGUGUAGUUCUACAGUCAUUAAACAGGGUUUCAUACGGUAAGUACCGCCAAUAUAAAUUACAGUCCUCACGAACGUAUUAUGAAGAGUUCCCACUGAAGCAGUCGCAGUGUAUCCUAAUUCGCGGAUACGUUUGCUUUAAAAAAUAGAAAUACCAUUGUUACAAAUAAAUUUCUUCUUACGUUAUACGUGUAUGUGUGCGUGUGUGCGUGUGUAUAUAUAUAUACAAGAAUAGGAAUAAAGUUACAUGGCAUUAUGAAACAUAUCAAGAUAUUACCUUGAUAAUAUUACGCACGUAUACAGAACUAUUUGGUCAAGCAAGCGACUUUAUUAGCAUUCACAAAAUCAGCGAAUACGCGCGAAGUAUUAGAAACAUAGUUAACUAAUUUUAGAACGUGACUAUCAUAUUAGAUGGCGGUAAAAAUGGUACGGUUGAUCCUAGCAUGGAACAUCGCUAUCUAUUCAUUCCAUGCAUGAUUCUGUCGUAUAACCUAGAAUCUUGACACUUCGAGAGCACUGCGUUGUGCGAAUUGUGAACGGACGAUUAACGCCGGACGAAUCCUACGGACCUUUUCUUUAACCAAUAUUACCAGUGUUAUCGACGGAUUGUCUGUGCGGUGAAAGUAUAGUUUAGGGGGCCGUAGAUAGAAAGAGCAUGAGAUUGACAGAAAUAACGUAUCAGCUCUGCAUCGUGUCGCGGUAUUUCUAAACGCGGGUUGGUUAUUUCUUCACGCUCCUCCCUCCCCGCGCCCCUGGACCCCAUCCGAAAAUCGCACAGCAUCCUUGCGCGCGAAACACGCGUACGCCGGUGGACGCACAUUGUGUGCCUGUACUUCGUUGUACAUAUCUGUGAAUAGUGUAUUUUAAGCAUUAGUUUUACGGGAUUUAGUGUGUGAGAAAAAAAAACGCUACGUUUACGGCAACCGCAAAGGGAGUUACGAAUAAUAUCGAAUCGAAGCAACACCCGUAUCAUUAAAUCGCUCUCAUCCCAACGACAUCCGCGGCGAGGUAAAACUUCAACUGCGAACCGUAAGAGUACCGUCGUUGAUCGGAUCCGUGGUCGUUAUCGGUGUAAAAAUUUUGCAAAAAAAAAGUGGAGAAAAGGGAGAAAAAAAGUGACGUGGGUACAACGGAAUCUAAAUUUUCCAGAUUUCUCGAUUAUCGUUUCCACCCCUCUCCGAUUUCCUACCCCUAAUUUCCCACCCAUCGGCCGUCGAUGAACAAGCAAUUGUCGUUUUUUGUAUGUUUCACUUUUUUUUCUUGUUCGACAUCCCCUCGGUUUUGUUGGCCCGUCAGUUGAGUGGUCGUGUCGUUUGGUAAAACCCGAAAGGCCGAAUAGACUAGAGAGUGAGUUGCGCCCGUUCGACGGUUCCCUUUGUGUUUCUCGUUUCGUUUUUCAUAUUGUCCGGCAGUGUUGUCAAAAAUCCGGCAGCACCGCUCGCGGCCAGCUGCCAUUGCUGUACUCUCUGGCGUUCUCGGCCGCGGCUUCGUAAUAAAUAAGUUUCCUCUGCGGGUGAUUAUUCUCGUUGUCGUCGUCAUUGUCAGCAUCGUCGUCGUGGAAACAGCAGAGAUGCCGCACUGUUAAGGGUCGCACACGCGGAACAUGCUCGUGGAACAGACGUAGCGGGCAAUCUCUACCUUUGGCUACGGACGCCGGUUCUGACCGAGCUAACCUUCACAGUGAGGGUUCCUCUUAUCUGUCGAAUCGUCGUUGAUCGUGCCCGUGGCAGCGGUACAGAUUGACAGAACGAUGAAGUGGCUCGGUGCGAGUAGCGCUGGUGCUGCAGGCGAACCGGCACCUUCUGUGCAAUUACACCAUCCUUCCUCCAACGGACAUAUACCCACGGAUGUAGAGCAAUGCGGACAAGUAAUGGCUGGUGGUGAUAGUAUGCGUAUUCAACCUGGCCAGACACAUCAAAUGGGAGUGAGUAGAACACAAGACGAUGCCAUGGUUGGUUACGUGUUUCAACGACCCACUGAACCAGAAUUCAAUGCCCAAUCUUCAACUUUUCAAACGAAACAAGCUCCAAGAGCCUGGGCUCUUGCAGAUGAUGCUAUCAUCGAUAAUAACCCAGAAAAGUGGAAAUAUCCUAUCACUAAACUGAGCGUACCACAGCAAAGUCAACCACAACAACUGGGAUUACAAACUAUGAACAAUGUUCAUCUCCCUUAUGAGAUACAUCCCAUGCAAUUAAAAAGUGGAGCACCUGGAGCAGAACACUUGGUCUAUCUGAACAACCAAAUAACAGCUCAGCAACAAGUUGCUCUUUUUCAUCAUCAACAGCAGCAACAACAACAACAACAAUUUAGAAAUGGGCAGAUCGCUCCCUCGGCAAAAAAGCUCUGGGGCGUGGACGAGGGCGGCUCCAAGGACGAAGGGGGUGUAAAAGGCGGUGGGAUACUUCACCUGGGCGACCACCAGAUGUGGCGAGAUUCUACCUGGAGCACCUCAGAUCAUGCCGUGUCGCAGCCGAUUUCCAUGGGCACCGGUAGACGCGUGGGCGUUGGGACAGGAUAUCAUCAUCAGACGUCAGAAGUUGGGACGGUCCUUAGCCCUAGAAGCAGCGAGACGGGUGGUCUAGGUGUGAAAAUGGUGGAGUACGUUCUUGGAUCAAGCCCUACGACACCCAAAGAUCUGGAACCCCGGAUGGUUUCCCUGAGAUUGAACACCGACGCGGAUAAGAAAGAAAAAGAGAAGGGCUCGGCAAGCCCCUUCGACAGUUCUAAAGACGACAGCGGUCCACAGAACAACGGGCUGGCAUCGCAAAACGGUCUCGACGAUGACAAAGGAUUCAAUCGCACACCCGGGAGUCGUCAGCCCUCUCCAGGCGAGGAGGAAUUCCAGAAGAAUGCCGCAGCCACCUUAGCGGUGAGCACGGGCGGCGGCGGCGUGGUGUUGUUGAAGCCGGGCGUGGAUGUGGUCGGCAGCGAGGAGCAUUUCAUGGCCGCUUUCGCCCCGGCGCCUCCGCAUCAUCUCCAGCACCACCAGGCGCCGCCGACGCAUCAUCUCCAACACCCGCAUUCCCACGCGGCCCAGCUCUUUGGCGCACAGGCUCCGCCGCCCCCGCAGGGUCCACCCCCAUCUCAGCAACAACAACAGCAACAGGGACCCCCGCAACCGCAAGACACCACCACUCACUUUGACGUGCAGCAACUGUUCCGAAGCCAGCAGCAAGGUGCCACGCCUCAGCAGUUACAGUUGCUGCAGCAGCAGCAGCAGCAACAGCAGCAGCAGUACUUGGCCGCGUCGCAGGCCCAGCAGCAGCAACAACAACAGCAACAACAGAACUUCCCCACGGCACCUUAUACAGUGAUCAGCGGCCAGGAACCGUAUGUCGGCGCAUUGAUAGCCGGAGCGCCGCCCCCGGUCGUGCCACAGUAUUAUGGAGUCGCACCUUGGGUUUACCCCGCCGGAUUGCUGCCGCAAGCACCACCGCAGGCGGCCGCGCCGCCUCCGCCCAGAAGACCGCUGACACCAUCGUCGGCCGCAGCCGCGGCAGCUGCCGCCCAAGACACCGCGAAUAAUUUGGCGCAGACUGUUCAGGGUCAAUACCAGGUGAUACCGGCGUAUUACGAUCAAAAUGGGUCCAUCGUGAUGGGCGGUGUGCGCGGUUUGAGCUCCGCCGCUACCCCCAUGAGAUUGGUCAGCCCGGCGCCGGUUCUGGUGAACAGAGCUCCGUCGCAACCACCGCCGGGACCACCGGCACCACCACCGCCGAGUCUAUACUCCCAGCCGACCCCCACGUCCCACAGCAACGCCACGCCAGGAGAAUGUUUGGGUCUGGGCCUCGGCGCUUCGUCCACCGCGCGAAGAGACUCGUUCGACAGGAACACGUCGGCGUUCAGCCCCAGCUUGGAGUACAGCCGCGCGAAGUGGCCCCAGAGUUACGGCGCACUCGGCACGGUAACGGCAUCGCCGAGCCCGUUAGGAUUAUCCUUAACACCGCCGCCAACUUUGGGAGGAUCUUUGGGCGGACUGGUCGGCGGAGCCAGCCGGGUGUCCGCCGCACCCGGAGCGGAGGCGAAGUUCCGUGCGAGCGCGGUUCCGGCUUUAACGGCUAAUGGAGUUUUCGGCUCGAGCAGUUCCCUUUUCCCCAACUUGGUGGGCAAACCCGGCCGCGGCGGCACCACCAGCAUCGGGGACAAAAAUGCCGGCGGACGAUCACGCCUCCUCGAGGACUUCAGGAAUAACCGGUUCCCGAGUCUCCAGCUACGCGAUCUGGCCAAUCACAUAGUCGAGUUCAGUCAAGACCAGCACGGUUCCCGUUUCAUUCAGCAGAAAUUGGAGCGCGCCUCGGCCAGUGAGAAGCAGCUUGUGUUCCAAGAAAUUCUUACCUCCGCUUACUCACUAAUGACCGACGUAUUCGGGAAUUACGUUAUUCAGAAGUUCUUCGAGUUCGGCACGCCGGAACAGAAGUCCACCCUCGCUCAAAAGGUUCGAGGACACGUACUGCCCUUGGCACUGCAGAUGUACGGCUGUAGGGUGAUUCAGAAGGCUCUCGAAUCGAUCGGGCCAGAACAGCAGCAGGAGAUCGUCCGAGAGCUGGACGGCCACGUUCUGAAGUGCGUGAAAGAUCAAAACGGGAACCACGUGGUGCAGAAGUGCAUCGAGUGCGUCGAGCCGCGGGCUCUGCAGUUCGUGAUCGGCGCGUUCGCCGGCCAGGUCUAUUCCCUGAGCACCCACCCCUACGGGUGCAGAGUGAUCCAACGUAUUCUCGAGCAUUGCACCCCUGAACAGACUCAGGGCAUCCUGCAAGAGCUGCACGCUGCUACUGAUCAGCUCAUUCAAGAUCAGUAUGGUAAUUACGUUAUCCAGCACGUACUCGAACAUGGAAAACCGGAAGACAAAGCACAGCUGAUCAGCAGCGUAAGGGGUAAAGUACUUACUCUCUCUCAACACAAAUUCGCCAGCAACGUCGUUGAAAAGUGCGUGACCCACGCCACGAGACAAGAGCGCGCCGUGCUGAUCGAAGAAGUAUGCGGCUUCAAUGACAACGCAUUGAACGUUAUGAUGAAGGAUCAGUAUGCCAACUACGUGGUACAGAAGAUGAUCGAUGUAGCGGAACCGGCGCAGCGCAAGGUAUUGAUGCACAAGAUCCGCCCACACUUAGGCAGCUUGCGCAAGUACACCUACGGGAAGCACAUCAUCGUCAAGCUCGAGAAGUUCUUUAUGAAGACCGCGUCAGCGAUGGGAGUGGCGACGCCGGCUGGUGCUUCGAGCGGCGGAGGUGAUCUGGGCCCUAUAGGGCCGCCCGCUUCUGCUGCUGGCCCGGUCUCGACGCCAGCCCAGCAGCCGACGCAGGUUCUAUAAAGCGUACGGUAUCAGAAAAGUAACAACUGCUCGGGAUCUUCGUACGUUCUAGGAAUACGUACCAAGAUAUCUACGUAAACAAAAGAAAAAAAAUAUUUAUUGCAACGUAUGUAUCUAUCGCCAUUUUAUUUAUAAUGGACGAGGAAAACCGAGGAUGCAUUUCCGUGUGCCGUGAACUCGUCGUCUCGUUGCCCCUUCUCCCGGAACUGUAAAGCCGCGAAAGCGAGAGGUAAUAAUAUUGACUAAGACGACAAUGAAAGCGAAAAUGGGUAUUGGAAAAGAUAAAAAACGAUGAGACGAUGAUGAUGAUGAUGAUGAUGAUGAAGAGAGAGGAAAAGAAUUUACCGAGGAUGAUUUUUCUUAUUUUUGCAAAAACCGUGAAACUGAGUGACAGACACACGAUUUGUACAGAGUUUAAACUAAAAGAGAGGGGACAACCCGGUGAUCACGGUGCAAGGAAAAGAAGAGAAUUUUCAGAGCCGAAUGUGUGUCAGAAAAAGAAAUCAAUUUUGUAGAAAUAACGUUAGAGGUGCAGUGCAUUUUUUCUAUUAGUAAUCUAAACGUGCUGCCGAGUUAUUAUAUUCGUAGCGAGCCGUGAGUCGAUAGAGAGAGAGAGAGGAGUUGUUGUCGCGCGAAAGUUGCACCGAUAACGCGUAUAUCUUUGAGAACCGAGUUUCUUCGAGACGGCUGGACAAGCGAUCGAGCUUGAAUCGUAAAAGAAACUGCAGUGCUGAGAUGGCUGAAUGUCUUAUCACCGCUCGUUUUUAUUCGAUCAGUUUCACGUAAUUUCGAGACACAGCACGAACAAACACGUUCCGACGAUUUUACUAUUUUCUUUUAUUUUUCUUUUUUUUUCUUCUAAGGAAAAAAAGGCAAAGGAAAAACUACUUUUCUCCCCCUCGUUUCGAGUUGUGAAUCGUUCUUUAACUAACACGCGAGUUAUCGAUCCUUUUUAAACUCAGCACUCUUUCGAGG